ACGUGGGAGACGAGAAGUAACUUGUCAAUUUUUAAUAAACUCUUCCUUCUCUCCAAGUCAACUGCACCAUUCUCUCUGCAAACCAAUGAGAUGAUGACAUCUUUCUAGUUGGUUUCCAUAGCAUCCAUUCCUGAAGAGCCCCAGGAUGGUCUUUUGGAAGGAUUGUCCUUCCACCUCCCCUAGAAAGUUGGCAAAGCAGCGAACUCAAAGAACCUUUUCAUCCGCCCUACGUGUCCUGUCCGCGGUCCUGAAAUCCGGUGGCGACGCCAGAAUGGGAGGGAGCUGUCCCCAGUGCUGAAAACUCUAGUGCUCCGUCCAAAAUUAGACCUGUUUGUCUCACUAAAUCACGUUUUCGCUUUUCAUUGAUUUCUCGUUCCAAGGUGCGUCAAGUUCUCUCUCCAUCUCCACUCUACGCUACCGCAUAUCUGAAUUGCUCCCCGUGAAGGCAGCAGAAGCUUAUUCGUGAAGAUGGUCCCUUAGGGUUGGUACUGCCCACCUGAGAGCUAAAAUCAUCCAUUAGUUCUUUCUCAGGCUACUCUGAUUGAAGAGGACUAAUAUUGCUAUCAUCUUCGCUUUGCACUUAAAGAAGAGCUUUCUGUUUUCCUCUAUUUUAAAAUACUGCAGUUUUUGGAAAACACUUCAAAACCAGGAUUACAAACAAUUUUCAAGUGGACUAACUUCCAUCAAGGACCUCUUUGUACCCGCCCAAAUAUCAUGGUACUGCAUGCUUCCUCUGCCACCGGAUCCUCCCCUUCAAAUAAGACUUUCUAAUUGUGUCUAGCAAUUCUCCUAUUAGGAAAGCCGUGGGUUGCAUGUUGCUGUAUUCCGUUGUAUUCCCUUUCUCUCCCUCCCUUUCACUCACAUUCUUCUUCCCAGAGGCGCACCAAUAGCCAUUUCGCGGGGAAGGAAAGAGAGAGAGAGAGAGAGAGAGAGAGAGAGAGAGAGAGAGAGAGAGAGAGAGAGAGAGAGAGAGAGAGAGAGAGGAAAAAAAACACCUUAGCGAUUAAGCCAAUAUGCGCAACCAUCGCCUUUCAUAGCUCAAACCUAAUACACACCAGAGCCAGUGCUGCAGGGAUGGAGUCGAUAAAACAAAGGAUUUUGACCCCUGGCAAAGAGGGGCUGAAGAAUUUUGCUGGAAAAUCUCUCGGCCAAAUCUACAGGGUGCUCGAGAAGAAGCAGAAGACUGGGGAGACUAUUGAGCUGACCGAGGAUGGGAAGCCCUUGGAGGUGCAGGAGAAGAAGGCGCCACUCUGCGACUGUACCUGCUUCGGCCUGCCACGCCGAUAUAUCAUAGCUAUCAUGAGUGGCCUGGGCUUCUGCAUUUCCUUCGGGAUCCGCUGCAACCUGGGGGUCGCCAUCGUGGACAUGGUGAACAACAGUACCAUACACCGAGGGGGGAAGAUCAUCAAGGAGAAAGCCAAAUUUAACUGGGACCCGGAAACCGUGGGGAUGAUCCAUGGGUCCUUCUUCUGGGGUUACAUCAUCACUCAGAUCCCCGGAGGCUACAUCGCGUCCCGCCUGGCCGCCAACAGGGUUUUUGGAGCUGCCAUACUUCUCACUUCCACCCUCAAUAUGCUAAUCCCGUCUGCAGCGAGAGUGCACUAUGGCUGUGUUAUAUUUGUUAGGAUCUUACAAGGGCUUGUUGAGGGAGUCACCUAUCCUGCUUGCCAUGGGAUAUGGAGUAAAUGGGCCCCUCCUUUAGAAAGGAGCAGACUAGCAACCACUUCAUUUUGUGGUUCCUAUGCGGGAGCUGUGAUUGCUAUGCCGUUAGCCGGGAUUCUCGUGCAAUAUACUGGAUGGUCUUCAGUGUUUUAUGUUUAUGGGAGUUUUGGAAUGGUCUGGUACAUGUUUUGGCUUUUGGUGUCUUAUGAGAGCCCUGCUAAGCACCCGACCAUUACAGAUGAAGAACGAAGGUACAUAGAAGAAAGCAUUGGAGAGAGUGCCAAUCUUUUAGGGGCAAUGGAAAAAUUCAAGACUCCAUGGAGAAAAUUUUUUACAUCUAUGCCAGUCUAUGCAAUUAUUGUUGCAAACUUCUGCAGAAGCUGGACCUUUUACCUGUUGCUUAUUAGUCAACCAGCUUACUUCGAGGAGGUCUUUGGAUUUGAGAUCAGCAAGGUGGGAAUGUUAUCUGCUGUGCCUCACUUAGUGAUGACUAUCAUUGUGCCAAUUGGAGGACAAAUUGCUGAUUUUCUAAGAAGCCGGCAGAUUCUUUCAACUACUACAGUGAGGAAGAUCAUGAAUUGUGGAGGCUUUGGCAUGGAAGCCACGCUGCUCUUGGUCGUGGGCUAUUCUCAUACUCGGGGAGUAGCUAUCUCCUUCUUAGUGCUUGCAGUGGGCUUCAGUGGCUUUGCUAUAUCAGGAUUCAACGUCAACCACUUGGAUAUUGCACCGAGAUAUGCUAGUAUCUUAAUGGGUAUUUCAAACGGCGUUGGUACACUGUCAGGAAUGGUUUGCCCAAUCAUUGUUGGUGCAAUGACAAAGAACAAGUCCCGGGAAGAGUGGCAGUAUGUCUUUCUGAUUGCAGCCUUAGUCCACUAUGGUGGAGUUAUAUUUUAUGGAAUCUUUGCUUCGGGUGAGAAACAACCCUGGGCAGAUCCCGAAGAGACCAGUGAAGAAAAGUGCGGCUUUAUUCAUGAGGAUGAACUUGAUGAAGAAACAGGGGACAUUACUCAAAAUUACGUAAAUUAUGGUACCACAAAGUCCUAUGGGGCAACAACACAGGCCAAUGGUGGUUGGCCUAAUGGGUGGGAGAAGAAAGAAGAAUUUGUACAAGAAGAGGUACAAGACUCAUACAUCUAUAAGGAAAGAGAAGAUUAUUCUUAACAGAGCUAAUCAUUGAAUAUUUUAUAGUGUUUGUGAUUAAAUCCAUCGUGGUUGUUUGCACAAGAGAUGUGGUGUAAACAUGUUGACACGUAUCAAAAUGACAGGUCUUGCUGUACAAAAAAAAAAAAA